GCAUCGCCUCUUCCCUCCCUCCCAUCCCCUGUCCGGAGCCGGCCGCAAAGCCAGCUCCUUGGAUCGCAGUCCGCACACAGCUCCUCCUGCCCUCGCGCCGUCCUCGAUCCAUCGGGUGCGUUUGCGACCAGGAAUUGUCGGCGCUCGCACUGGCAAUGGCGUCCACGUCGAGCUCGGCGCCCGCGGCGGAGGUGGAGGAGAGGGGCCGGAAGCGGAAGCGCGCGGAAGGGCCGGAGCCCGCAGCGGGGGCCGAUGCGCCGCCGUCCAAGUGGCGUACGCGGCGCGAGCACGAGAUCUACUCGUCCAAGCUCCUCGAGGCGAUCCGCCUCGUGCGCGCGGGGCCGUCCACCGCCGGCGCGGCGGGCCCGCCGCGCGGCAGGGCCGUGCGCGAGGCGGCCGACCGCGCGCUCGCGGUCGCGGCGCGCGGGCGCACGCACUGGAGCCGCGCCAUCCUCGCCUCCAGCCGCCGCCGCAUCCAGGCCGUGCGCCGCGCGCGCCUCCGCGCCCCCGCAUCCCCGUCGUCGCGCCACGGCGCCGCCACCUCCGCCUCCGCCUCCGCCUCCACCUCGGCGACUGGGGAGGGCGCCAGCACGCCUCCCCUGGUGAGGAGCGCGAGGGUGCUGGGGCGGCUGGUGCCCGGCGGCCGGAGGCUGCCCUUCCCGACGCUCCUUGAGGAGACCACCGACUACAUCGCGGCCCUCGAGAUGCAGGUCCGCGCCAUGACGGCGCUCGCCGAGGCGCUGUCCGCCAUCUCGGCCACCUCCUCCUCCUCCUCCGGCGCCGGCUCUUCCUCCUCCUAGCCGGCGUGACCGGAGCUCCAAGAUUCGUGCAUUCGUUGUAAAUUUUCCCUCUUUUUUCCUCCCAACGAAUUUUUCCUCGGGAUUAGUUAACCUCUAGCUUUCUCCCUCUCUCCCCACUAGUUUUUCUUUGUCGUCUUGUUUCUCUCAUUUGGGCGAGCGGUUAGUGUGAUGAUGAAGAAGAUGAUGAUGGCGUUCCAGGAUUAACCCGUGCUGUAAUGUGGUAGAACGAAGAAGCCGUAGACCACAGUGGUUUUGUUGUGUCCUCUCCUCCCCCUUCUUCCAGCUCAGGAUUCUUUCGUAGCUUGGUUUGUUGGUCUCUUCAGCCUCGGUCGCUCUCCGAUGAAUGCACCUUGAAUUGUUCAUUCAGAUCGCACCUCUUGUAUGGUGAAUUGUGCCUCUUGCUUAACGCCCUGUAGCAUAAUCCUAAAGUUCUUCAGGGUUUGUAUCA